CUAAGCAGCUCGGGAGCCCGUUUGCUCCCGGAUCUGACACAGGCUUGGAGGACGGUGUGGAGGGCGUGGCCUCUACUAGGAGGCAAAAUCGGGAAGAGCUCAAUUUGGGACUCUGGGAGCUCGAGCCUCAGAGCUAUGACGCACUUGUCCUCAGUUUCCCCAUCACUCUGCGCCAUGGCGUCCCAGGGUCUUCGGGGGAGGCCGCUGCGGAAGCCCGCGACGGUGGUGCGGGGGGAGGCGGCCGAAACGGACUCGGAGCCCUCUGCGUCCUCGUCGGAGGAGGAGGAGCUAUACCUGGGCCCCUCGGGCCCGACGCGCGGCCGCCCCACCGGGCUGCGGGUGGCGGGGGAGGCCGCGGAGACCGACUCGGACUCGGAGCCGGAGCCGACAGCUGCACCAGAGGACCUGCCUCCGCUCGUGGUGCAGCGGGAAACGGCCGGGGAGACCUGGGGCGCGGAGGAGGCCCCGGCGCCCGCUCCUGCGCGCUCGCUGCUGCAGCUCCGUCUGGCCGAGACCCAGGCGCGGCUAGACCACGACGUGGCGGCUGCGGUGAGCGGCGUGUACCGCCGUGCGGGCCGCGAUGUGGCCGCCCUGGCCAGUAGACUCGCGGCCGCCCAGGUGGCGGGGUUGGCUGCGGCCCACAGCGUGCGCCUGGCGCGGGGGGACCUCUGCGCGCUGGCAGAGCGCUUGGACAUUGUGACCGGCUGCCGCCUGCUGCCCGACAUCCAUGGCGUGCCAGGGACUGAGCCCGAGCCAGACCCGGGACAGCGGGCCUAGCCAUAGCCCACUCCCCUGUCUGACCCUGCCCUUCGGUGGGCCAUGUGGCCUCUGGACCUGGCUCUGUACUCUUCCGUAGCCACCCUCGAGUCUUACUGUAGUCCUCAAGGCUAACCCCGCCCCUGGCUAAUGCUGGGCGGGGAGGUGUAGUGGCCCCGCCCCGCGCCUAGCAUUUGGUUGUCUCUCUGGUUGCCAGCCUGCUUCUGAGGCUUGGCUCCAGUUCCUUUGGACCUAGCUGCUCCUUGAUCUGUCUCCAUCCUGGGGGCUCGCUGUGCCCCUCCUUUCCUUGUGCUCUGCCUCUCUGAGUUUGGUUUCUGUUCACAGGGGCUGGUCCUGUUUCUUCCCACAGGAGCCCCGAUUCUGGCACAGAUUCACUAGCAUCUUUCUUUGCUACUUUGGCUCUGCCUCUAGUCCCAGCCCAAAUUCUGAAAUUUUGUCUUCCUAGGCUGGGCCCUUUUUCUGCUCCCCAGUCUUGGCCCUGGUUGCACCCCUAGUUUUAGUCCUUGCACUGCUACCUCCUGGCUCUUUCUCCUUGGGCUUAGCUCCAACCCCUAGGUUAGGAAACAAACCUCUUGUUUCCUAAGUCCAGCUGUACUCUCAGGAUUGGUUUUGCUUCUUUUUGCUCAUUCCCGCUCUGCUUAUACCACUACCCACCUGAUCUGAGCUCCAGAGACCCCUGUGGUUCCCUUCAUUAGGCAUAAGAUGAGGUUCCCUCCUGACCCAAGGGAGUCCUUCUCCCAAUUCUCUAGGCCUAGGAUGGCAUCUUCUCCAGACCCAAGUUGGUUGGGCCUCCUUUCCCUCCAGGCCAAGGUGGCACCUUGGGUCCAAGCGCCAGACAGAAGAUGGCCCUCUUGACUCUGCAGGCCAGUAGCAGCACCCUUUGAGCACUUAGGGCCCCAAACAGGAUUGCUCUAGUCCAUUGGGUGCAGUAUGACACCAUUUGGCGGACGAGGACCACAUGGAUGGUGUUUGUUCUCUGUGUUGGACCUUGAAUGCUAAAAGGCUUGGAUGCUGGUUUGGCUCAGAGUCUGGGGUUAGCCGACGUUCUGUUCUUUCUCACCUGCUCCCUUUUCUGGUCUCUGCUCUAGCCCCUCAGUCCCAUUCCCAUUUAUAACCCCUCCCCAACUCUUGAAUCCCAACCUGAAGUGAGAUCUGAGUCCCGGGAUGGAGAAGUGAGGCAAAGUGCUGUAAGGUAGACCCAUUAAAAUUCCAAACAUUUACUGAUAUGGCCUGUUCCUCUUAUCGCCCCACCUAAGCCAGAGGAGGGUAAGUUGGUGAUUUCUCUGAGAAUGGGGGUCCCAAGAUAGGGAUCCUUCAUGCCUGGCCUACUGAAGGUGAAGCUGUAUCUGGGAGAUCAAGGCCCUGAGUGUUUUGCCAUGGCUCUGCAUGCAUUUAUAUUUCAUUAAUUCAACACUUUUACUGGGCACCUCUUCUGUACCUGUUCUGUGCUGGAUGCUGAGGGUGCAGCAGCCAUCCCACUGGGGGAGACAGACAUUAAUAAAAUGUUCUUGUAAAUAA